AGGAGGGAGAGGGGCUCCCUGGAGGGGAUUGGCUGAGGGAAAUGAGUAAAGCAUGAGUAUCCUGCAAGCCAUGCUGGUGGCCAGGAGGAAGAGGAGGAGGAGGGCCUGAGGAGCAAUUAGCUGAAGGCUGCUGCUGCUGCUGCUGCUCCAAGGAGAGGGAGCAGGGAGGGGAAGGAGAGGGAGAGGGAGAUUGAUAUAGUUGAGGAAAGGGCCGGUCCUCUUCCCCGGCGAAGUCUCUCCUCUCCUUCCCAGCAGCAGGCAGGCUUCCCGGGGCGAAGGGGUUUCAGAUGUCCCAGCGCCGCUGCUUGAGCCCCUGCCAAUAAAACUUGACCAGCAGAAGGCAACCAACCAACCCUCUGCAGUUCGCCGCCAGACAGCCUUGCGGAGGGCGGCUUCCAACCUGUUGGCAACCCUGAGGAGAAAGAGAGGGAGAGAGAGAGAGAGGAGGGAAAGAAAGAACGAAAGAAAGAACGAAAGAAAGAAAGAGAGGGGUGGUUGGAGUUUUUUCUUCUUUCUUUCCUUUCCCCCUUUCCCUUCCUCUUGACCCCUUCACACCCCGACCUGAGGGAGGACCAAGAGAGCCCAGCCCGCUUCUUCUUCUGCUGCUGCUGCUGCUGCUGCUUCUGGGACUGAAGAGAACGGCGUCGCCGAGGGAGAAGGAGAAGGACGCCUCCUUCUUUGUUUGUUUGUUUGUUUGUUAAGAUGGUGCCGACGACCCUGAGGAGGAAAAGGGAGAAAUAGAAACCCGCCAAAACAAUAUAUAUAUACACAUAUAUCUAAAAGACCACCGAGAAAGAAGAGAGAAGGUGUGUCUGAGCGAGAGAGACUGAGAGGGCAAUUGGGAGUCGGAGGCAAGUGUGAGGCAAGUGUUGGAGUUUUUCCCUCCCUCAGAGAGAGAGGGAGACUCCUGCCUUGGGAGGACUUCCUCGAAGGGAAAGCCGAAGAAGCCGCUGGAAAAGGCAGGAGCCCGCCUGAAGCGUUGGGAAGGCAGCCGGGGCUUUCUGGAGCGCUUGGCCCCCUGAGGCAUGGAUGUCGGAGCCCUCCCUUCCAGCCAGAAAGAAGCAAGAGAAGCAGCCUCUUCCUCCUCCUCCUCCUCCUCUUCUUCUUCCUCAGCAGUUCCCCGGGCUUUGAGCAGAGGCGCCCCGGGCCGUCCUUGCCUCGCCCCGGGCUGCCCCCUUCCAUUAUGUUCCUUUUCAUGAGGCAUCUCCCAGCGCCCAGAGCUUCAGUACAAUGUGCAAAUGGAGACUGAUACAGGGUGCCUCCGCCUUUGCCCACCUGCCUUCCUCCUCCUCCUCCUCCUCUUCUCCCCGCGGAGGCUGCCUCCUCCUCCUCUGCCUGGCGGCGAUGGUGAUGAUGAUGAUGAUGCCGUGGCCUUCCUCUGCCUUGGCGGUGCCUUGCCCUGAGCGCCGCGGGGCAGAGAUGCGGCUCCUCCGGGGCGCCAACGCUUCUUCUUCUGCUGCUGCUGCUGCUUCUUCAGCAUCCUCUUCCUCCUCGUCUUCGUCUCCUUCCUCGGCUGCUGUUGCUGCUGCUGCUGCUGCCAGCGCCGGGAGGCACGUGCGGAGCUACGAGCACCUCCGGGGAGACGUCCGCUGGAGGAAGCUCUACUGCUUCAACAAGUAUUUCCUCCGGAUCGAGAAGAACGGCAACGUCAGCGGCACCAAGAAGGACAACUGCCCUUACAGCAUAUUGGCAAUAACAUCUGUGGAAAUUGGAGUUGUGGCAGUGAAAUCCAUUAACAGCAAUUAUUAUCUAGCCAUGAACAAGAAUGGAAAGGUCUAUGGAUCUAAGGAGUUUAACAAUGACUGUAAACUAAAGGAGAGGAUAGAAGAAAAUGGAUACAAUACGUAUGCAUCGUUCUUUUGGAAACAUAAUGGAAGACAAAUGUUUGUGGCCUUGAACGGAAGAGGAGCCACAAGAAAAGGACAGAAAACCAGGAGGAAAAACACUACUGCUCAUUUUCUCCCAAUGGUAGUCGAGCCACAGAUGAAGGACCUGUUCUAUUGAUAGCAGUUGAACCAAAGAUCAUUUGUCAGGAAUACUUGGUAAUCCUCUUGAAGAGGAAAGGCAGAAACAGUGCAGACGUCUGCUUGAUUGAAAAGAGGAGGGAAGCCUUUGAAGGUUUUGUACUCUCUGCAGGCACAUGAAGUACUUCUAAUUAGUUCUGUGUCAUAUCUUAUAAUCAAGACACAAGCUGGAUCAAAUGGGAUGGGAGCUCUUUCCAGUGUGAACAAAUUAUUAUUAUUAUUUUUUAUCUUGCCGAUAGAAUUUAAAGGACAUGAGACAAUGUAUUGAAUGAUGUUCGGGGAAAGUUAUUUAUGGAAUACUAACUCAUAUCAAAGACCUUCAUUGCUCAUUCAAGCCUGAUGAUCCAAUGAACAGUUAGGCACGCAAGCAUUUACUGGAAGCACAUGGAUCAUAUGCAGAAAUAAAGAAGAUUCUGAGAUGGUCUUGUGGAAGAAAUGAAUAGGAUUAAGAAAUAUAAGCACAUUAGAGUAAAAUUGUUCUAACAAAAUAAAUAGUAUGUUCCCCUC